GGGGGUCGGGUUGCGAGAGGCCAAUCAGCGUGUAGCGUAGGACGGUGAAAGGCCAAUGAGCGCGCAGUGUGAAGCUGUGGGCGGGUGUCAGAGGGCGCUCAGGUGAAGAAUUCAGUAGCACACCAUGGACGGCAGAAGUUACCCAAAUCCAUAUCCGGAUUACAAUGGAGAAGUGUCACCUGCCUUCACGUCUUCUGGGCAGCUGACUCCUGAUUUUAAACAUCUAUUGAACAAUAAAGUCCGAGAGCUUCUCCAACACAUGGAACAUGGCCUGAAAUCUGCAGAUCCGAGCGACUUCACUGUGUACACAGGCUGGUCAGGAAUUGCCUUGCUGUAUCUUCACCUGUCGGAGGUGUAUGGGGAUCCAUUAUGCCUGCAGAAAGCAAAGGAAUAUGCCACCAAAAGCUUGCGUUGCUUGAACAAACGAGAUGUCACUUUCCUUUGUGGGGAUGCUGGACUCUACGCAGUGGCAUCUGUUAUUUUCCAUAAACUGGGAUCUGCUCAAGAGGCAGAUGAUUGUGUAAACAGAGUGCUUCAGAUGCAUUCAACUGUGAUGAAGCUGGACUCCCGACUACCAGAUGAGCUUUUGUAUGGCCGUGUGGGCUACCUUUAUACUUUGAUGUUUAUCAACAAGUAUUUUGGGGAGGGAAAGAUUCCUUACCAGUAUAUGCAACAGGUCUGUGAGAUUGUGAUACAAUCUGGAGAAAACAUGGCAGCUCACAGACGAAUACAGAAUCUGAGCCCCUUAAUGUAUGAAUGGUAUGGAGAACACUAUGUGGGACCAGCCCAUGGCCUAGCGGGAAUUUACUACUACUUAAUGCAGACUAUGUGUUAUGUAAGCAGCGAAAAGAUACAGAGCCUCGUUCGUCCCAGUGUAGACUACGUCACUCAACUGAAGUUCCCAUCUGGAAACUAUCCUCCAUGCAUUGGAGACAAGAGAGACCUGCUAGUCCACUGGUGUCAUGGUGCCCCUGGUGUUAUUUAUAUGUUAAUUCAAGCAUAUAAGCUUUUCAAAGAUGAGCGGUACUUAAUAGCUGCGGCACAGUGCACCGAUAUCUCCUGGCAUCGAGGUUUACUGAAGAAGGGUUAUGGGAUAUGCCAUGGAGCAGCUGGGAAUGCUUAUUGUUUUCUUGCAAUGUACAACCUGACACAUGAUCUGAAGUAUUUGCACAGAGCAUGCAAGUUUGCAGAAUGGAUUUUGGAUUACGGUGAACAUGGCUGCAGGACUCCAGACACUCCAUAUUCGCUAUUUGAAGGGAUGGCUGGCACAAUUUAUUUUCUAGCAGACAUGCUGAAUCCUACAACGGCCAAGUUUCCCGCAUUUGAGAUAUAAUAGUGUUUUGUUCUGUGCAGUACUGGAAAUGAGGAAUUGUGUUGCUGCUUCUGAUGCUUUCUUGAUACCCCCAGAAGAGGCAGAUAAUGGCAUUAAGCUUGCUUUGCUUACUUCAUCAUAGAUGUCACAUGUAGCUUGUAAUACACUGGAUACUCUGUUAAGCUAAAAGGCUUUGUACAUAUAUGUACUGUAUACACAGGGAUGAGAUCUGUUCCCUAUAGUACAGUAUGGAAGCUACCUUAUCCUACUUUCCUUUUAGAAGGAACACCAGUCUGUCUGAAAAUUUAAAUUGUCUUUUAUUAAGAAAAGGUGGUAAAAUCACUAAUAACCAGUUAACAAUUUUAAUGGCAGUUUAAAGGUAAAUAAUGUCCUCUUGGAGAAUGACAGGGGCAGCACCAUGGCAGCUGGGCGUUUUUUCUAAUUCAGAUCUGCUUACAACUGAAGGGAAAGAUUCACUAAAAGUAGCUCAGAUUUAAAAUCGGUAGGAAUAAUUGAAUGUAGCUUUUCCGAAAUAAUGGAAUCCUAUCAUGCAGACAUGUUAACGUCCAUAUUUAGCAGAGAUCUAGAUACUUAUUGCAACCUUCAAUGCUUGUGCCAGGUAAGGGGUAUGUCUCACUAAUGUGUGAGCAGCUUACCAUUCCCCCUUUUAUUAGGAUAUUAACGCGUUACUGAAAUGCUGCAGUCAGUAUUUUUCAUUGUGAUUUGGGGAAAUUAACGAUGUUUCAUUCUUUGAUCUUUCUACUUUGAUAAACUGUAACAGGUUUGUCCCUGCACACUACUAGUUUUCUUAGAGCUGGAGAAGCACUAUUUAUGGCGCAUUUAAAGUAUUAAUUUAGUGGAAUCAAUAGAUAAAAGGCACUUGCAGACAUUACAUUGUGGUCAUUAUGGAACAAAUCAAUUGAUGAAAAA